CGUUUGCGGAAGCAGGUCGUUGCUUUAGCUUGUAACUCAAAACCAAAACAGAGGCGAUGUUUUCCUAUUAAAAUCUCCAAGGAACCAGAAAUUAUUACACCUUUCGCUUUGAGUCUGUCCGUCCGAUUGACCGGUAUAACUCGGUGUUCGUCAGACGAUCGAGAAGUCGCUCAGCUUCGACCGAGAUGGAGGACUCUGGUGGUACUGGACCAGAGACGGUGGCUCCAUCACCAGGAGGUACAGCCAAGUCGAAGCUGGACACGUUGUCCAAAGAUGACCUUAUCAAGUUUGCAAAGAAGCAGAUGGCUGCGAUGCAGAAGAUGAAGGGCAAAUGUGCAGAUUUGGAGAAAGAAGUUGAAUCCCUUAAACAACAACCUAAAAACAACACCACCAGCUCAGAUGAUUUGACUCUGAUACAGGAGCUGACAGAGAGGAUGGAUGCCUUGCUGCUGGAAAAGGCCGAAACUCAGCAAAGUUUUGCACUGUCUCGUAAGGAUCUAGAGAGGACUAAGCAGCAAGCCAAGGAUGAUCUAGCUGCCCUGAAAGAGGAGCUUGACAAUGUAAUAGAAGAGCACCAAAAGAAGAUCAAGACCCUAGAGAGCAGCAUUGAGGAAUCGAACAAAAAACACCAAGAAGAAGUGAGUUUUUUCCAGAAUUUGCUGAAAGAGCGUGAAGAAAGCGACAGGGAGAGAGAGAGCGAACGAGAGAGGGAGCGUCUGGCUGAACAUGCCAGAUCAAAAGAGAGCACUGAAGAAAUCCGCCGUCACUUAGAAGCUCAACUGGAAACCCUUAGAGCAGAACUGGGGGCCAUCCGGGAGCACAAUGCCAAGGAGUUAACUGAAGUGCAGGAGAGCCACCAACGGGAGUUGACCGAGGCCCAGCAGGAGGUGGAGAACCUGAGGGAGGAGCUGGCUCGGAAGAGUCUGCAGCACGAGGAGGAAAUGAGGGCUUUGGAGGAGGACUGUGAAAUCGAGAGAGAGCGUCUUCUUUUGCUACACGAGGAGCUGACAGAGCAGCUCGCUCUCAAAGACAGCUACCUGCAGGACGUGCAAGAGGAAGAGGAGGAGCCUGCCCGUCGUUCAGGGAUCGCCAAGAUGCUGGAGCUGUCCGGCGUCAGUCAGGGUGACUCCAGCCACGGUGAUGGCGAGGAGACCGAGACUGGCAAACUGAAAGCAGCCGUGGAGGAGCUUCAAGCCCAGAACACCAUGUUUCAGGAUGAGCUCACCCUGCUCAGUAAUGUGAACGGUGAGCUCGAAGCUGAGCUGGAGAGAACCAAAGAGGAGUUCCAGUUGGAGAAAGAAGAGCUGGAGUUCAAAAUCAAUGAACUGCAGAUGAGCCGAGACGGUGCUCUCAAUGACCAAGCCGUAACCCUGGACCCUGAGCCACAAGAAGCCAGGGGAGAGCUCCAGCAGCAGAGUGAAGAGCGCAAAGAUGGAGAGGAGUCUCAUUCAUUACAAUCCAAAGAGUCGGCAACACUUCCUGGGAAUCAGAAUCUCCUAAAUCUAGAGGAGCUCAGGGGUCAGUGCGAGGCGUUGACCAUAGAGAGGGACUCCGCCUUGACUGAGUGUCAAAACAUGAGUGAAAAACUGCAAGGUUUUGAGACAGAACUGGCUGAGAAAAAGAAAGAUUUUGUUGUACAGUGCAAAGCAAUGAAGGAACAAGGGGCAGACAAUGUAAGGGAAUUCCAAAACAAGAUAGAAGAGCUUACCCAGGAGAACAGUGAGGUGCUGGAAAGGGUGAGAGUGGCUGCUGAGGAGAAAAACACUCUAGAGAAGAGCAUACACGAUCUGAAGCUGCAGCUUGAAGGUUCAUCAGCGGAGGACCAGAAACUCCGCUCCUCUGUACAGGAACAAGCAGCUUUGUCCUGUGAGCUGGAACAGUCUGUGGUGGGACUGACCAAGCAGAAUGAGGAGGUUCUCUCCCAACUGCAGAUGAAGGAAAGCGUGACUCAAGAUCUAAAAGAGAUGGUCAACACACUGAGUGAAGAGAAGAACAAAUUGCAAUCCCACCUUCAGCACCGUGAAGAGGAGAUGCAGCAUAUAAAUGACGAGAAAACAAAGGAAAUCCAGAGGCUGCUGGAAGAGAAAGAGAGGGAGGCACUGUUGUAUAGAGGGGAGAAAGAGAAAGAGUUGAAAAGCCUGAAAAAGGAGAAGGAAGAAGAAGUGCAGCUAAAGGAGGAGAGGGAAAAAAUAGCAGAGAAUCUGAAAGAGGAGUUGGAAAGAAGGCAGGAACAAAUGUGUGCAUUAGAGGUGACUAUUAAAGAGCUCUCCACUGAAAAUACUGACCUCCAUCAGAAAUUAGAGGAGGCAUCCUCUGGGCUUUCUGAAGCCCAGGAAACAAGGGAGCUUUUGGGCUCCAAGCUGGCAGCCCUGGAAGCUCAGCUAGAGCAGGAGACUCGUGAAAAACAUGAAGGAGAAGCAACGUUGAAGUCACUGGCAGAGGAGGCCGAGCAGGCCCGUGUCACCGUAAGAGCUUUGGAGGAAAGACAGGGUGAAGUACUCCAAAACUCCAGGGAAGAAGUCGAGGUGCUCCGAGCACGUGUUACUGAGCUGGAAAAGGAGAGGAGCCUGUUGAUGAUCAGCCUCGAGGAGGCUCGAGGAGAAGCGACAGUCGAGGAUUUACAAAAGGAGCUCCAGGCUCAUAUUACAGACCUGGAACAGGAGAGGAACAUGUUGAGGAACAACCUGGAGGAGGUGCUGAAGGACACCAAAGCGCUGCAGAAAGACCUGGAGGAAAUGAAGGCAGCCAAUGAGAAGGUGAGCGUGGAGAACCAAAAGCUGCAGGCCCAAAUCUCUCUGAUGACUCAAGAGGGAGAAGAGAAAGAGGAUGGGGGAAUGGAGGGCAAGAUGGAGAAUCUGGAGAAAGAGAGGAGAGAGCUCAAAGACCAGCUGACAGAGAAGGACUCACUCAUAUCUCAGCUGAAGAGUGAGAUGGCCUCUCUCCAGGAGUCUGCAACUCGAUCUGCUUCUUCUAAUGAAAGUGCAAGCAGUGAGAUCACAGAGAAAAUAGCUCUUCUGGAGAAAGAACACAAAGGAAAGGAUGAGAAGAUGAACAAAAUUAAAGCUGUUGCCAUCAAAGCCAAAAAGGAGCUGGACAUCAGUAAGAAAGAGGUCGUAGCCCUCAAGGAGGAAGUGGAAUCACUGAAAGCAGAGAAGGUGAAAGUCAGCAGCUCUAUGAAAGACAUCAUCCAUGGUGCUGAAGGCUACAAGAACCUGCAGAUAGAUUACGACACGCAGACAGAGCUGCUGGAUAAGGAGAGAGAGAAGGUGGAGGCGGCCGAGAGACAGAUUGCCGAGCUGACCAAACGACUCAGCAGUGCUGUCACACAGAUGGAGACUAUAAGCAGUGAGAAAGAAGACCUGGUGGCCAGUAUCGAGACCCAAAGGAGCAUUGUGAGGAAGCUGGAAGCUCAAAACCAGGAGCUGCAGAGACAGUCUGACUGCCUCGACAGAGACCUGCUGGCUGAGAGAUCUAUGAAAGAGCAGAAGAUCAAGGACUUGUCAUCUGCCACGAAGGAAGUAGAGGAGCUGACAGCCCAGCUACGCAAGCAGCAGCAGCAGUCUCAGCAGACUGCCCAGGAGCUGGAGCAGCUACGCAAGGAGGCACAGCAGAGCUCUCUGCUGGACAUGGAGAUGGCCGACUAUGAGCGGCUGGUGAAGGAACUCAAUACCAAUCUCCUUCAUAAAGAUGAACGUGUGGAAGAGUUAAAGGCCCAGAUAAACACACUGACCCAGAAGGAGGACACGCUUAAACAGGAAGUUGAGUCUUUGAAGUCCCAGCUGGACCAGGGGGAGGAGAAGACCUCCAACAUGAAACAGCUGCUGGUGAAGACCAAAAAGGACCUGGCCGAUGCCAAGACACAGGAAAGCUCCCUCAUGAUGCUGCAGGCCUCUCUAAAAGGGGAGCUGGAGGCUAACCAACAGCAGCUAGAAAGCGGCAAGAUCGAGGUGUGCGAGCUGACGGCAGAGCGCCACCGUCUGCAGGAGCAGCUUAGGACUGCCUUGGAACAGCAUCAAAGAAGCAGCAGCUCCAUGCAGCAAAGGAUCAGCAGCCUGCAGCAGGAGAGAGAUACUGCUAAGGCUGAGCUUAUGGCAACAUCGGGCGAGUUUGAGGGUUACAAGGUGCGAGUCCACAAUGUGCUCAAACAACAGAAGAGUAAAACUACUUGCCUGAACGAGGGAGACUCUGGCAAACUAGAAAGGGAGCAGUUGUCUUCUCAGGUAGAACAGCUGAGGUCCAGGCUGGCAGAGAGCCAGCAGAGCCUCCAGAGCAGCACAGCAGAGCUGCAGCAGCUCCAGACUGAGCACGACACUCUGCUGGAGAGACACAACAAAAUCCUCCAGGAGACCAUCAGCAAGGAGGCGGAGCUUCGUGAGAGGCUUCUGACAAUGCAGUCGGAGAACCUGGGACUCCGGUCGGAUUUGACCCAGGCUCAAACCGACCUCUCCUCCCAGGUCGAGUCCCAGCGACAGACAUACAGGGACCAGCUAAGGAAGCUGCAGGAUGACCACCGGGCUACUGUGGAGACCCUGCAGGGCCAGCUGACCCGUGUUGAGGACCAACUCUUCAGCCUGCAGAGCCAGAACAGUUCAGUGUCGGUCCAGUCCAGCCGUAAGACCCUGAACUCCGACCCCCAGCGCAGAAACACUGAUCAGAAUCAGGCAGGGCUGCCUCUUUUGACCCUCAGCGAUCUCCAGUCUAUGGCCAGAGAGGAGGGCGAGGGCAUGGAGACAACCGAGACUGAGAGCCCCUCUCCUGCUCUUACACCUCUACCAUCUCUGGAACAUCUUCUCGCAUCCCCAGACCCAAAACAAGAGCCAUUCGUAUGGAAUGUGGAGCCUACCAAAGAAGAGCUAAAUCAAAAGCUGAGUACAGCCACUCGCAGUAUGGAGCAUAUGAACAGCCUCCUGCACGAAACUGAGGCCACCAACGCAGUUCUCAUGGAGCAGAUCACUUUGUUGAAGAGUGAAGUGCGUCGUCUGGAGCGAAACCAGGAGAGGGAGAAGAGUGUGGCCAACCUGGAGUAUCUAAAGAAUGUCUUGAUGCAGUUCAUUUUUCUGCAGUCUGGGAGUGAGAGGCAAGCGCUCCUGCCGGUCAUUCACACAAUGCUUCAACUUAGUCCAGAAGAGAAGAGCAAACUGGCUGCCAUAGCACAAGGUGGGGAAGAAGGGGCUGGCAAUCGGGGCUCAGGCUGGACCUCCUACCUCCACAGCUGGUCUGGGAUCAGAUAGAGUUGAUAAUCAGCCAAGCCAACAAAUAGGUGCACAAUGCUAACAUGUUACAGGGCCUUUUCCUUUGAAAGCCUAAACCAAGCUGAGGUAGAUUUUGUGGCAACGGUGGGAGAUGUAAUGGGCACUAACUUUAGGGCCACAUUAGAAGGGACCAGGGACUGUAUCAGAAAAGAGUGAGGAAGUGUGAGAUAGAGAUGGAACCAAACUCUUUGACAUGAAUACUGAUUUAGAUGCGGUGCAAUAUUAACAUUAUUCUCUUACAAAUGAACUUUGAACUGUGACACAUUUCUGUCUUCCUUACUCAGAUGACAUGUAUCUAUGGCAUUUACAGGACAUGUCCUUGAAGUGGCUCAUUAGACAUUACCACCAUUUGCAUUAUUAAAACUAAGUAGUGAAUAAGAUUAAUAAUUUAUAUAUUGUGUAGCAAUCAACUGUUGUUUAAUGCAUGGGAGGUGCACACAAUCUGGGAGGUGGAAAGAAUCAAGGAGACAACUGUAGUUAAUAGUAUGAUAAUACUUGAUCCUCAUUUUCAGAUGCUUCAUUUUCUCUUUAGAUGGGAGUGUAACUGGGUAGCACACUUAAAUGAGGAUGGCAGUGGCAGACAGCAAAUGACUUAACAUACUUUACAUUCCUUGUCAAACCAUUUUCAGGGCAUUCUUCAGUGUGAGAUUAUUAAAUAUGCUUUUACAACCCUAGACACAGGAUUUAAAUCAAACAUGCCCAGUAGACAACUCUAUCUCUGCUUCAAAUAUUAAAUAUUUGUUUCCUUAGAAAAUGUAGAAAUGACAUAAAUUCAACUUAAACAUGCUUUGGAGAUUAAAAAAAAAAGAAAAGUCAUCUGUAGAAAUGUGCUGCAACAUGUUUACUCUUGUGUGUGUGGUCUGUUAAAGUCUUUCAAAUAUGUCUACUGAAAUUCACUUGAAGUAUAAAAGCAGUGCAUUUCUACAGUCACAGAUUCACAUGACCAACAUGGCAUCAAUAUCUAAAGGCACUGUUGAUAUUUUUCUUACUGAUUUGAUUAUUAACCCAUUAUUAUUGCAGUUGCUCACUAAUGCCUCAUCCACUGAAAUCAGUUGCAGUUACAACUUCCUUGGGAUUUGAUCAAUCAUUUUCUGUUGUGAUGGUUGGGUUGGGUUUAUUUUAGGCUUUUUUGUGUACUUUGUUGCAACAGUUUCUUGUAGUCAUUACUUUUUGAGGUAUUAUUUCAAUGGUUUCUUUUACUUUGGUUUUAUCAGUUAGUUUGUUUCUGUUGUUAAAUCACUGAACAUGAAAGCUUUGCAACGUUUGCUGCACAGCAGUUUUGUUGAAGGAUGACCCCUGUGACAGCAAUCACCUCCAACCCUGCUCAAGUAUCCCUGAGCAAGACUCCCUCCAAGGACCAACAGAGCUGCUUUUUGCAGUGCCUGACCCUGUCCACUGAUCUCUCCGUGGAGGUGGGAAAGGAAAGGAUGAUUAAAUAAAAUCCCCCUCCCUGUAGAGUACACAUCCACCCACUCCCGCUUUGCUCUCGUCCCAGCAUUAAUGACGAUAACUGUGCUGAUCAUUGUUUUUCUCAUUCCAGAGGCAGCUUUGUGUUAUCCCUUCAGCAUACGUGAAUGUAUUUUAUCUAAUGCUUUUAUAUUUAUGAUUAUUAAAGUCAACAGAAAGCUAUGAGAGAUUACAUAAACGAUAACGGCUGAUUUGUGUAACAAUGACCUGGGCAUUUACAGUAAGUCGAAUACUUGACUUAAACAACUGAUUUCAGAGAAAAGUCUUUUUUUGUGAUCAUUUGCAAAUGUAAACUAAAAUAAAGUCGACAUGAAUU